AAGUGGGACAGUAUCCUAUGAAUCCUAAACCAGGUGUUCAUUGAUGCAGAUCUUCCAAAGAAACAUGAAACCAAACCCAGAAAGAAAUCACUGAGGGGGAAAAAGUGCAACAUGAGAGGUGAAAUGACACACUGGCCUUUUGAGAAUAGCUGCUGGGGGCUGUAACGAACCAAGAGACCAGAGGAUAAACCACGCAGCUCCUGCAGAUUCUCAUCUGAGGCGUCGGGUCGGCCUUCCAGCGAGCGUGUGCCGAGGUGUGGGCUCAGCGGCCAAGGAUGGAAGUGCUCCGCCGUUCCUCGGUCUUUGCUGCGGAGGUGAUGGAGGUUUUUGACAGGUCUCCCACUGACAAGGAGCUCGUGUCCCAAGCCAAGGCUCUCUGCAGAGACUACAUAAAUUCGAGGCUGGUUCGAGCGGGCGUCAGCUGGAGCAAACCUGAGUACAACACACCGGUGCCUGGGGGUAAGCUGGCCGAGGUGUCCACCAUCCUGCUGCGACUAGGGGAUGAGCUGGAAUACAUUCGCCCCAACGUCUACCGGAACAUCGCCCGCCAAUUGAACAUCUCGCUGCACUCGGAGACGGUGGUGACGGACGCCUUCUUGGCAGUAGCUGCCCAGAUUUUCACUGCAGGCAUAACGUGGGGCAAGGUGGUGUCCCUCUAUGCUGUGGCAGCUGGGCUGGCGGUGGACUGCGUGCGGCAUGCGCAGCCAGCCAUGGUCCACACCAUCGUUGACUGCCUGGGAGAAUUUGUCCGCAAGACCUUGGUGACAUGGCUGAAAAGGAGAGGAGGCUGGGCGGACAUCACAAAAUGCGUGGUGAAUACCGACCCCAGCCUCCGCUCCCACUGGCUCGUGGCUGCUGUUUGCAGCUUUGGUCACUUCCUCAAGGCCAUCUUCUUCGUCCUGCUGCCUGAGAGAUGA